AUGGAUAAACAAAAUCUUCUAUUGCUAAUAGAGGCGUCAUUAUCCAAUGAUGCCAGUAGGAAUCAUGAUUUGUCUCAUUAUUUGGAUGGUAUAGAGCAUAAACCAGGGGUUGCGGAGUUUUUCUUUGACCUCGUGGGCGAUAAUUCCUUAAAGGCUCCCGUCAAACUGUUUGUUGCCGUAUACUUCAAGAACAAAGUGAAGAAGCAUUGGAACAUCAAUGGAAACGACUCAUGGGAACUACAACAAAAACAGAUUUCUCCGGAAGAAAAAGCAUCUAUCAAGUCCAAAUUUGUACAGGUGUUCCUGGCCAAUUGUCAGGAUAACAAAGUAAGCCAACUGUUGUGUGAUACAUUGUAUUUGAUAUUACAACAAGAAAUUGAUCAGUGGGAUCAACUGACAAAUGACACUCUACAAUUGCUGCAUUCCAAGGACAAGUACGAAUACGUUUACAGUGGGUUACUGAUCCUCAAGACAUUUAUGAGAACCCAACGUUGGAGCUUGGGAGAUGACCGUAGAAGGCUGGAUCUUAUUGUCGAAAAUUCGUUCGAAUUAUUGGAAAGUCUAAUGGAUGAUUUGGUCUCUAAUGGUCUUGAUGAUACUUCUGCAAGUAACCUUAUUUACCAAAUCCUUAAAAUAUUCAAGUAUGCUACCUUCACUUCAAUGCCUCAGUAUUUCAUAAGAGAUAUUGGGAAACUGGAAAAAUGGGUUUCUUAUCAACUAACGAUUGCUUCAUCAGAGAGCUCUUCAUCAUUAAUGGCAUUAGACGUGGAUAGAAGAACAGUUGAUCCUAGGUCAAAAUCGCAAAAAUGGGCUUUUGCCAAUCUAUGUAGAUUAAUCGGAAGAUAUGGCGGUGGAAAAUCGAUGAGUAGAGAAGCUCAUUUGAAUCAGUUCUGUGAAUUGGUUACAUCAAACUUUGCCCCAGAGAUUUUAACUCAGGUAUUCAAGAUCGCCUCCAAUUGGUCUCAAAACCCCGAGUCUCAUUGGCUCUCCCAGAAGAGCCUUUAUUAUUUAAUUUUCACUAUUCACCAAUUUGUCAACGGGCCCUACAAUUGGAAACUAGUGCAGCCUCAUAUAAGAGAGAUCAUUGCUCAUUUGGUAUUACCCAACCUAUUACCAACUGACGACGUUGUGGAAUUAUACGAGUCUGAUCCUGACGAGUAUUAUAAACGUUACAUUGAUUUUGGAAACAGCACAACUACUGCCAAUGAUGCUGCUGUCAAUUUAUUGGCAGGUAUUUCUGAAGACAAACUUAAACAAAUUUACUCAAAUACUGAAGAUUUGGUGGUUAGCUGUUUUACCAAUGAGAAAAACAACCCAUUUCAAGUAGAAGCAAGUCUAAGAGUCUUGGCUUGUUUCUCUUUGCAAUUGAAUCAGUCCGAUUGGGAUGUUGAAGGAAUUGUUAAAGUCACAUUGCCUUACCUAAACGCAAAGGAGUAUCCAUUCUUGCAAACCAGGGCUUGUGAUUUGAUUACUUGUUAUGGAGCAGGCAUCAGGGAUCUUAAUCUCUUGUCAGAAGUCUUCCAAGGACUAUUGAAGAAUUUCCAACAAGAUGAUGAUCCGUUGUUGAUAUUGUUAGGUGCUGAGGCGAUAACUGUGUUGAUUUCCAGACCAGAGGUUUCUGAUUCUCUUAGGCCUCACAUCAACUCUAUCAUCAGCAAACUACUAAAACUGUCAAAUGAGUAUGAGUUUGAAGCAGUUAGCGACAUCAUCCAAGCAUUUGUGUCUGAAUUCAGUGCAGAAGUUCAGCCGUUUGCUUUGCAACUAUUUACUGAUCUCAACGAGAAUUUCCAAAGGAUCAUGAAAGAAAUGAUAGACAACAGAAACGACACUGACAAGGAAUACCAGGGCAUUGGAGUUUUGGAUACCAUGUUGUCGAUUGUAAACAGUUCCGACAAUGUCGAUCAUGUCACCCGACUCGCCGAUAUAUUAAGGCCUACAGUGCUGUGCACCAUUCAGAAUACCCUGGACAUGUUUUUAGUUGAAGUUUUGUCCAUCUGUGAAACUAUUGUCAGCAAGACGAAACAGGUGUCUCAGGCCUUAUGGGAUGUGUACAUGGAACUAUUUGAUUCCGCAUCUUAUUACUUUAUACCAGAUGUGUGUCAGCCAUUUUGGGAAGCUUGCAUUAUUUAUGGAUUUAAAGAUUUGAACUUUAAGAGCCCUCAGGUCCAAAAGGCCAUUGAAAUUAUUUCCAACGCUGAACUCUUCGAAGACUAUCCAAAGGUGCAAUAUGAAUUACUGAGUCAAAUAAUCUUAGCCUGCGAUGUUGGACCAGUAAUUCCAGAUAUUCUCAAACUUUCAAAUACAAGUGAACCCUGCAUUCAUAUCGAAAUCGUUCUAAGUUGUUUAGUUACCAAUCCCCAAUUAACAGUUAGCAACAUUGAUUUAACUCAAUUUCUUCCUCUUUGGAUGAAUAAUCAAAAGAAGAGCCCCACAGUGUUUGACGUCAAGUUACAAAUAUUGGCCCUCAUUUCAUUACUUGGUCUUGAUGGACUCUCCGUAAUAGAACAAGUCAAAGAUGAGCUUACACUAAAACUUGUCCAACUUUUGGAGACUUUACCCGAGACCAUGAGAAAACGACAAGAGUUGCUAGAUUCUUUGGAGAACGCUCAAGAAGAUGACUUUGAAUAUGAAGAGGACGAGGAAGACGACCUUUUAAGGGAAACAAUUUUGGACAAUGUUGAUGUCUUAUCUAAAUUCAAACAGUUCAACUCCACCGGACGAAUCACCGUUCCACAGGAGCGGUUGCGAAACCUCCAAUAA